GAUUUUCAGUCAAACUUAAGCUUUCGGUUGGUUCGUUUGUAGGUGGAGGACACGUUUCCGUCGGGCGUACGUCUCUAGUUUUUGGUGUGUUUUGGUGCGUUCUCGUCCUCUCGGGUCACUGGUCGCCUUCAGUUUUCGGAUUACGGUAGUUUUUAAGUUUCGUAGCGCUCCUCCACUCGAAGGAAGGAAGUUCCUGCGGUUCGAGCGUGUUAUUUUUUCCAUAGAAGAGGGUUUCUGGGAUAGUCCCCGUAACGAAAUUGCCUCGUAACUGCGGAAGUGAAUAGAAAAUCGCGUCCGGUAGCGCUCAGCGAGAACACCCUCGUGAACAGUCCCAUCGCGGUGUCGUGUCCCUGGGUUGGAUGGUCGCGCUUCGGUUGGCGUAACUGCCUUGUCGCCAGCGAACCUCGUCAUUGUUGUCGUAUGCCAUCAGCAGGAAUGCAUGCAAGAUUCCAAGGAGACAGCAUAAAGAUAAUUCGCAAUCACGAAAGUCAGUAGAGCGGAAUAGCAGAAGCUCGGUCCAAGGUGGACUAGAACGACGGCAGCCUUUUGUUUACCAGCAACUCACCAAGUGCGACGGCGGGUGGGAGUCAAGAAGUCAAAUCCAGCGACGUCGAGCCCCAAGCGGGUCCCAAACUCUCGUUCCCCCGCAGCGCCGUCUUCUGCUCAUUUCUUUUGGUUUGUUUUCAUUUUGCCGUCUUGGCUCCGAGAACCGGAAUCCAUCGGCGCCCCAGCAGCGGUCGCCAUACGAGGCACAUCAGCCACUGACCAGUUGGACGGGUUUUCCCGUCAGCCGUCUCGCAGUUCGAGGGCCCGGAAGAACUCGAAACUGGGUCCCGGCAAAGGUGCAAGCACGAAUGCACCGCAAAAUAAUUAGCCAAAGGUGAAAACGGCCGUUCGCUCCGGAAUGCACUUCUUGGCUGACAUUUCCGCUGCAGACGAGUCGCUGGAGCCACUGUCGUGUGCGAGCUUCUGCGGGGGCGACAUCCACCUCGCCUCCACCGCCGCAACCCUUCCAACUGCCACCUGGCCUGAGUGCGAGUCGCAAAUCGUGUCCAACAUGUGCUUCGGCGGACGGUAGUGCGCGGCUGCCAGUAUGCAUGAAGUGCGCGGAUUCUCCCUUCGUCAGCGAGCUCGAGCUCCAUCCCCCAUGCAGUAGUCAAGAGGACAAAAUAUUUUCCGAACACCCGACCAGCAGUCAGUUGUCAACCAGCAAUUGUUGCUGCUUAAUGGGACUCUACUGUGAAAGCGACUUUGCGCUGCUCCCUCGACGGAAGUUUCGCGAGAACAAGCGGGACAAGGACCCGAAGUCGAACUCUUCCCUGAUCAGAAACACAACAAACCGACCCCGAGCAGAAUUUAGCACUGAAUCCGCGGGAAAUUUCGUUGCGUUUCCGCUUCCCGGAGCACUUCCGUUAGCGUCGUGUAUUCACAAAAUUCGCGAUCAUCGUGAACGGUUCACCGUUUGAAUUUGAAAUUCGAUCUUUUGGCGCCAAGUUGGUUCGUUACUGGGGGGUUCGAUGCGAAAUUGUGCGUUUGGAGUUUUUAGUGAAUUAGAAAUUGUCUCGAGUGUGCAGUUGAUGUGUUUUAUGCUAGUGGAAGUGGUCUCUGAGUGUCUGUCUCCGUCUCCUAUCUGUGCAAGUUCCAAGUCAAUCCUUUGUUCGUUCGUUACUGCGAAUUAUCAUAGAACGUAAGCUGCCUCUUUCCGGUGUUUUUUGAAUAAAACUGUGUUCAUUGUUGUGCUAGAAGCGAUGUCGUGUCCCUCAUGAAAUCCAUACUAAGUCCUACCACAACAGCUAAUCAAAAUUAAUGUCUCUAAGCCAGAAUAGCCAGAAUAGUCAGUAGAAGUAGAAUAACAAGUCAAUAAAAUCCCCGCCCUGAAUGGUGUGAUGAUAUUCAAGAUCCCAGUCCGCGAAUUGCAUGAAUACAAGUUCCCAGUUUGGCCAUAAGAUCAAAUCAUUCGCUGCGUCUCUUAUUGCACGUUUGUUGGUGAUGUCAUUGAUCGAUAGUUACGAUAACCACCAAAGUCAUCAAGGAUAUCGACACGAUCGUCACUGUCGCGUUUACUGCUCCUGCCACGAUUGCUCCAGCCACCAUGAAUUGGAUACUGAUUGGAUUGUGUGUCCUUUUGGCACAACAGAAACAGAACCAGGCCAGUAUCUAUGGCAUGGCGAAUCCUAUUCAGAAUCAAGGAUCACUGAAGAGCCUGAAUCCUUACAUAAAACAUUGGGAGCCUGCACAUUUCGAUCGUGGUGUGUUAGAAGACGCUCAUCAAGUUCAUAUCAAUCAACAAGGACGUCGUCGCAAACGAGAUACUGGCGGGAAGGAUUACGGUCCAGCAAAUACUAUCAAAUUGAACUUUUUUGCUCAUGAUAGGGAAUUUCGACUGGUUCUACGACAGAAUCCAAUAUCAGUGUUCUCACCUGAUGUUGAGAUAGAAAACACUUUGGGACCUGUUGAUUAUGAUGUGACGAGGGUCUAUACGGGAUCACUUGAAGAUGACGAGAACUCCCACGUGCAUGCCAUCCUUACUCACGAUAAUCUCCUUGAUGGAACCAUCGAUACCGCAACCGAGCAUUUCUACGUAGAGCCAGCCCAUCGAUAUUCCAAGGAACUGCCUAGGACUGGUGUACAUUCAAUUGUUUAUAAAUUAAGUGAUGUUAAAAUGGAUAAAUCUCCGGAUGACUUGACAUCAACGUCGUCGUCCUUAUCUGCUUCGUCAUUCUUGACGAACCAUGCGGAACAUUGUGCCAGUGAACGGCUGCGAAAGAAGCAUUUCUUUGCCGGUGGAAGUGUACAUUAUGAAAGUAUAGCUGACGAUAGGAAAAAGGAGCAACGGUGGUGGGAACCUCAAAAUGGAGACGUGGAGAAACGGGGACAAAAUAUGGGCGGAGAUAUUGAGACGAAUCAAAAGGAAAGCAAGAAAGAUGUCUCGUCAAGGACAAUUUUGCUGCAUAACCGACAUAAACGAUGGCUUCCGGAUGAGCUGCGGGAAGCUCGUAAUCCACCACUACCGCUCGACCUCGAGGUUCCGUACAAUGACGAGUCGAACCUUUUUCCGGGCCGGAGCAACGACAGGACACAGGAUGACCACAACAUCCAGGACUUGGGUCCUGGCUUCAACAGUGACUUAUACACGAAAUCAAAUCAUAAUCGUAACAUAAUCGUGAGCGACUUCAACCCCAACAGUGAUUUCAACUUGCGGAGUCGGUUCGGGGUGAACAGCGGCAGCAGCAACAGUAGGAACAUUCUAGUUAAUACAUUUCAUAACACUAGUUCUAGCGCUAAUAGUAACGAUAAUAGGUUUUAUAAUACGAACAAUUAUAAUAAAAAUAGUAAUAACAAUGGGAACACUAACUUUAAUAGCAACAGUAACAGUAACAGUAGCAGUAAUGGUAGUACAUCGCGUCCAAGUCAUAAGACUCACGUCGAGAUCAUAACGAAAAAUGGUGCAACGAAAAAACCAAAUAUUAUUGUAAAUAAUUAUAAUCCGGAUGUGAUAUUGACCAGUCAAAAUUAUCAUCAUACCAAUUUGAAUUUGAAUGUUCGUAACGACUUAUCGGAUUACGGGAGUGCAACGAGCAGAUCUUUGUAUGAGAGGAAAAUUACGUGCAUGUUGUAUCUGCAAGCGGAUCACACGUUCUUCAAUAAGAUGGGAUCGGAUGAGGCGAGCAUCGAGGCGAUAACCAGACAUGUCCAGCGGGCCAACUCCAUAUAUCGGAGCACGGACUUUAAUGGCGACGGCAAACCCGACAAUAUAACGUUUAUGAUUAAACGAAUUAAAGUCCAUAAUAGCAACGCAUUAAAAGAUCCAUCGUAUCGAUUUCCUGGAAACUAUGGAGUUGAAAAAUUUCUAGAGCUUUUCUCAGAGGAGGACUACGAUGCCUUUUGCCUUGCCUACAUGUUCACAUAUCGUGAUUUUGAAAUGGGUACGCUCGGUUUGGCAUGGACAGGUGACCUAAAGAAUGCAGGAGGAGUGUGUGAAAAAAAUGGGCAUUACCGUGGCUCAUUAAAAUCACUGAACACAGGUAUAGUUACGUUGCUUAACUACGGGAAGCAUGUCCCACCUGCCGUCUCCCACGUGACUCUGGCUCACGAAAUUGGCCAUAAUUUUGGAUCACCGCACGAUCCAGAACAAUGUACCCCAGGAGGUGAAGAUGGCAACUAUAUUAUGUUCGCGCGCGCGACCUCCGGUGACAAGAAGAACAAUAACAAAUUCUCACCAUGUUCGCUGAAGUCCAUCGAGCCUGUCCUCAAUGCCAAGGCUCGAAGUGCCAAAGGAUGUUUCACCGAACCGCAACAUUCAAUAUGCGGCAACGGAGUAGUGGAGCCAGGGGAACAAUGCGACUGCGGAUGGGAAGAGGACUGCAAGGAUUCUUGUUGCUUCCCCAUGUCGCGACACCCGCGAUCCGACGAGCGACCUUGCACCCUCACACCACGGGCUUUGUGCAGUCCAUCGCAAGGUCCUUGCUGCACCACCGAUUGUGCACUCAAGUUUGGUAAUAAGUGUCGCGAUGACAACGGAUGCCGUGAUCCAAGCUUCUGCGAUGGUCGCAUGCCACAAUGUCCACCAUCAGUGAAUAAGCCGAACAAGACAAUAUGCAAUAAGGAGUUUGUGUGUUAUAUGGGAGAGUGUACCGGCUCAAUAUGUUUAGCAUAUGGGCUAGAAUCAUGUCAAUGUCUUCCCGGGCCGAAUGAUCCGAAAACAAAAUCAUGUGAACUGUGCUGUAAACUGCCGGGCGAAGGAAACCCAUGCAAGAGUUCCUUUGAAUGGAAUGAUCCUCCGUAUGAUGUUCCGGAUAUGUUUGCCAAACCAGGGACACCAUGCAAUGACUAUAAUGGAUAUUGUGAUGUCUUCCAGAAGUGCCGUGAAGUUGAUCCUUCCGGCCCACUAGCAACGCUAAGAAAACUUCUUCUCUCCGAAGAAAGCAUAGCAUCAUUCAAGAACUGGCUCCUCGCCAACUGGUAUAUUGUUGGUAUUUCAAUGGCUGGAAUAAUUACCAUUUUGGUGAUAGUUGCAAAAGUGCUAGGAAAACGAUCCAACCUGAAAUUGAAAUCAGUAACAAUAAUCCACAGUGCAACAACCGAAACGGUUCGCUUACCGGACGACAACAACGGCGUAAUAGUGCACACAGCAGUUCGCACAAAGGUUCCAUUCAAGAAAAAAGUCCGGGGCGAACGGUCAAAAUCGAAAACGGCCGGAGCAACCGGCAAAACGGGAGCACUACCUCAAACUGCUAAAGGUGGUAUCACCCAUCCUACAUCCGCUGCGGCCACGACAAGCAACUCAAAAUCUGCAGCAGGCAUCAUCUCAGGAAAAGUGACGAAACGUGGUAGUGAACUAUUGAAACGAACCAGCCGUAAGAAGAAUCGUGUCUCCGUACCCAAUGAAGAACUUCAACAGAAGAGUGCGGACAGUGGAAGUAAAUCAAAGAAGGGCAAGAAGCAUAAGGAAGUCAUCGAUUACUCGGGCAAUGCCAACACCGGAACUCAUACGAACACAUUUGGACGCGUUCAAAAGUGGUUGCUGGAAUCACCAUUGGUGGCACAACCGCUUUCCCAUAUUGAACACUCGUCUAAAGUGCGAAAGGUUAUCAGCAAGAGCCAAUCAACACCGGAGAGAUUAGUUCAGCAAUCUCCGAAGAAGACCAAGUCUCUAGGAAAUCUCAGUAAUGAGAAAGUCAAACUGCAAGUCGUCUAUAAACCACCAUUCAAAUUCUCUCUCAAAUUAUCAAAAAAUUCAACUGUUAAAACUCAUGUCAUAGGAGGGGCUUUGGGAAAGAAAAAGCGAAAAACCAGAACAAUAGAUAAAAAGCGAGUGGCAGCUGCCCCUAAUUCUGGGAACAGCGGCAAUAAAUCAGGUGGCCGAAGAGCGGCUUUACUAAUCAAGUCGAAUGAAGACGAAAUCAACACUCCCAUCGUAGACUCCGAGCCAAACUACGAAACACUAAAUCCCAAAUCAAAAGAUGGGCCAUACUAUGAGAAUCUCAAGAAAUCCUCCAGUGGAGACGGAAUCCCUAAUCCACUCGAACCAACUGCUGGUGAACCCACCCCCAGUACAUCCAAAUCGUCAACAUUCCGCAUGAACCGUAGUGCCAGCAACAGCCACCUGGAUCGCCAAAAUUCGCCAACCAAGCCUCAAGCCAGUAGUUAUAGUCGUAGCAAUUCAGUCACGAAUAGUAGUUAUCCGCACCACUCGCAACAACAACCCUCAUCCCGUAGUCGUCGGAAUAGUGGUAGCAACUCAAUGAACCUUAGCCGGAACUUCGGCAGUACUCAGAAUCUGAUUCCAUCCACAAGUAGCGGCCAUGGCUACAUGACCAAGGCCACGAAAAAACGUAGCAGUUUGAAUCUGAAAGCGACCAACAGUCACGACCUGGCCAGGUCAAGCACUGGAACCAACCUAUCGGCCUCGAAGCGCCAUAGCGGUUCAACGGCCAAUCUCAAAAGAGAAUCGUCUGGGUCGUACCAGAACCUCAAGGGAGGAACAAGUAGCGGAAAUCUCUCGCGCAACUCAAGCAGCACCAACUUGAAAUCCUCCUCCCUAACACGAGGAAGUAUAAGUAACAUCCCACGCGCUAGCCUAAGCAAUUCACCGCCAAUAACUGCCGUAACGCCUGCCGCAUCUGCGCAAGCAGCUAUUGCCUUCGCACGCCAAAUGUCACACUCAGGCCUCACCAGCAAGCCAUCCCAAUCGACAGCGGCUCCAACGAACAACUUUAGCAUUAACCAUAGUCAUAGCACGUCUAGUUUUAAUCACACUAACAACCCUAACAACCAUUUUAGCCCUAGUAACAGCAAUAGUCAUAGUGGUGUAACUGCAACAACUAACAACCUGCUAAGACCGCACACUGCCGCCUGUGACGAAACCAGACAGUUCGAGUGGCCAAAGAUGAUGGCCAGCAACGGUGGUGGGGGCGGUAGCAACAAUUUGGGAUAUAGUAACGGUCACGGUGGCGGCGGUAACGGUGGUGGGGGUAGUUACGACCAAUCGCGACGACGAGCUCGCAACAGUGACGAUCCUUUCGCAUCCGAUCUAGAGGUGAUGGUGUCCGAUGUUAAAAAUUUAGUUAGUUAGAAUUCAAUUCGUUUUAUCUAUAAAUAUAUUUUUUAACUAAAACAUUAAAAAUUCAAAUUAAGGAUAUAAAAUUUACAAAAAAAAAUCAAAACAAAAGCUGAAAAUAAAUUACCUUAAAAAUCAAUUAAAGUAAAUAAAUUUCCUGAAGCAAGAAAUGUUAGGUAAAUGUGUCAAUUGUUAGGAAAAUUUUAGUUCAGUGCAGAUACUCAGAUACUUAGGCAAGGAUACUGUGCAGCAGGACCUCGGCCACGAUGAACUCUCACUCUUUUUGCUCACGGUUUCAACUGUUGCACAGUAAGCUUGGCGAAAAAUGUUCCAUUUGGGGUAAAAGCACACCCUCUGCGGUAUCCACACUCAAGUGUUCUAUGCCUUCUUUUCCUGACUUUUCAGGACAUGCUUUAUUCAUAAUCGAAACUAGCCACGGGUAAUCACAAUUAUCCUGACUAAGACUGUAAAAUUCUUGCCCCUCUUAGCCCUCCAAACAAUAAGCGCGUACUGAAUGAAAAAAAAAACCCUUUUUGGUAAUUUCAAUCUUCCUUGCUGUUUAUCCUACAAGCUUCCAUCUUAGGAAUUAUAUUGCCAUCGUAAUUGUUCUAUCUUUUCCAUGAUUUCUCUGACCUUCCUUGAGAUUAUUUUGUGUACACUUGAAAGGGAUUUAAUUUCGAACCGCCCUCAAAGUGUUUGUGCUUUUUCCUAAUUAGAAGCAUUGUUAUAACUUUUUGUGUUUACUUUUAAUUUCGUUACUUUCUUUUCUAGUUUCAAGCCGUUGAUAAAGAUACGAACAACUUUUAUCUUAUUAGAAUAUUCAAUUAAUCACACACUUAUCUACUUAUAGCUGUGCAGUUUUAGUUAUGACUGAAUCGUAGUCACAAGAGGAUGAAAGAGGAAAAUUUUAUUAUUUUAUGAUAUUAUUUUAAUAUUUUAAUAAUUUUAUUCGGUAAUUCUAUCAUUUCUUUUAUUUGUUUCAAUUGUAUCAUAACUAAUUAACUAAAAAUAAAGAUAUUACUUGAAAAAUUAUCCAAAUGCUUUUGAGUUUUUAUUUCUUAUCAUUCUCAGCAAGAAUUUAAGUUUCACAUUUUUUUUAUAUCUUUACUUUGAAACCUAUAUAUUUUCGUCUUUUAUUCUUCCGUAUGUCCAUCAAUAUCAAAAAACGGACCAGCAUCAGUUCGUUUCGUUUCCCUAGAAGCCUCCUCCUCUAUUCUUCUAUGACUUUUCUAAUAUGCCUAGCAUAGCUGUAUAUGUCAGCACUAUCUGCGACCUCCAUAACAGCAUCCACUGUGGAUCUCCCUGUUCAGAACCCGAACUGCCUUGCGGAUAUGUCCGCGGCAGGCCGGGUCGCUUCAGCAAGUCUACUCCUGAUGAGCUUCUCGAGCACUUUCCCGGCCGUGUCAAGCAUCCACAGCUGUCGGUAUGCAGGCGGGAGCUCCGGGUCUCCUUUACCUUUGUUAAUCAACGCGAGUCUGGCCACUUUCCAGCGACAGGAAAAAUGGUCUCCUUCAAGCAAGAGUUGAAGGCCCCAAGCAGCAAUUCUGAGCGUUGGCGGAACACCAGUUUGAAAACUUUCGCCGGAAUGCCAUCAGGACCAGGCGCCUUCUUGUUUUUCAUAGUGAGAACUGCUUCUUCGA